AUGGUCUCCUCGGAGCUGCAUGAUGCCUUCACUCGCUUCACCUCCGAUACCUCCAUUUUCUGUCUUCCUGUGACUAUUCAAGGAGAGACCCUCACUCCCUUGACCCCGAUCAAUUUUUCCGGAUCGUCCUCUAGUCCAGAUUCAUUCUACACCAGCCUGUCCCAGAUCUCCUCGAUCCUGCAGCCCAAAACCCCAAUCUACCUGCUUCUCCGUCGCCCGCUCGCUUCCAAGACCACUCUGGUCGCAUUGACCUACAUCCCCUCCAAUGCUCCCGUUCGACCCAAGAUGCUGUUCGCAUCGACCCGGUCCACGCUGGUCCGCGAGCUGGGAACUGAGAAAUUCGACGACACCGUGUUCGCCACGGAAGAAGAGGAGAUCGUCGGUCGGGAAGCCUGGGCCGAGCGCGACGGUGACAAGGCGGGCGUGGGUCGUGAGGCCCUCAUGGGAGAAAAAGAGCGAGAGCUCGAGGCUGUCCGCCGAGCUGAGGCGGAGGCUCGAAGCGGGACCCCGCAUCGAGAUAUCGGCAUCGGAGGCACUUUCGGGCCCGGCACGGGCUCUGGAAUGAGGGUUUCCAUGCCUGUUGAUGAUGCGGCCAAGUCUGCGCUGAAGGAGCUUGCAGACGGUGGUCUGGUCCAGCUGACUGUUUCACCCACAGAGACCAUCACCUUGGCCGAUAAGCAGACUGAUGUUCAGCCAGGCUCUGUCGCUGGCCACAUUUCUUCCUCCUCGCCUCGAUAUUCCUUCUACCAUUUCCCUGGCUCCGACGUCGUCAUCUUCAUUUACACCUGUCCCACAGGCUCGUCGAUCCGAGAGCGUAUGCUGCACGCCAGCUCUCGCAGAAAUGCCAUUACCAUCGCCGAAGCGGAGGGACACAAGAUCACAAAGAAGAUUGAAGCUUCAGGACCCGACGAGAUCACUGGUGAUCGACUGAAGGAAGAGGUGCAGCCGGCGCAGGAUUCAGGGCCAGCACGUGGCUUUGCCCGCCCAAGACGGCCAGGCCGGUAG